AUGGCCGGCCCUCCUGCUCCAGUCCAAAGGGUGAGGAGUGGGCUAGAGCAGUCCCGGCACCUACCUCCCACCCCACCCCUCUCACCCCCGCCCUCCGACAUAGAGGCUAUCAAGAAGCUGGUUGACGAGCUGGUGGGACUGGCGGACCCAGAGAAGAAAGAGACAGCCAGGGGCAUGGGGCAAGACCUGCUAGCGGCCAUCCGGAAAAUGUACGACGCGUCUCAGUCACCGACUGGAAACAUCUCGCUGGCCAACCUCCGCAAGGUGGUGGCCGAGGAAGUGAAGGCAGCCGUUAAUGGAGCCAGGGCAAAGGAACCUGGGCCAAAAGACCUGGGCCGCAGUGCCGCUCACAGGGCUGUCCCCCCUCAGUUACAACCCAACACCCCGACAAAGAUAGUGCCGACCUGCAUAAAUAAGGAGAUCCUAGUCAGAGGCAGAGGAAUGCCAGCCGACCUCGCGAAGCGCACCCCGCAAGAAACCAUCCAGGCGGUCAACCAAGUGUCAGUCAGGAAGCGAGCAGUCGCAGCCCGAAGGCUCCCCAGCGGCGACACAAUCGUCACAUUCCAGAGCGUAGGGGCAAGAGACUGGCACUCGACGAACACCAACUGGGUCAAGGAGGCUUUUGGAGAGCAGGCCGAAGAGAGCAAGCGAACCUUUGCAGUGCUGCUGAAAGGCGUAUGGAAGAAGAACCUCCAAGGGGUCACCGAGGAGGAGUUCGGAAAGGAGACUGGCCUCCGCACAGUCGAUAAAGUGAAGUUUAGAGUGCCGAGACACAGGGAGGCGACCCCGGGCAACGGUGCUGGUCGCUUUAACCUCCCAGGAGGAAGCACGCAAGGCGUGCCGCCCGGGAGGCCCAGGAGGGCCGAGAGGCUGGCGAAGGAGACUCGGGCAGAGUACUGCUGGGAGGAGCUUAGCGAAAGGCUCAAGGACCUUGCUAGAACAACGCGCGAAGCACGGACGGGGGCUUGGAGGAACAACCUGCAGGAAGCAAGCGAGGCAAAGAAGCCCGAUCAGAUGUGGAGCUUGGAAAGAUGGGUUAGGCUGCGGAGCUUUUUGCCGCCAGAACCACCGAGGCUGCCGGAAUUUAAGGACUCUUCCGGACAGGUAACGGCCGAAACGCACGACCAGAAGGCCAGCGCGCCGACCGAGAGGUUCUUCCCGGACCCACCGGCCAACCUGACGGACGUGGAAGACCAAGCCUUUUUGGGCAGCUGGAACCCGGGCUUCGACGUCGUACAGGCAGUGACGCCGACCGAGAUGACGGAGGCGAUGGGAAGAGCAAGCCCCUGGAAGGCGCCAGGCGAGGAUUUGCUCCCGAUGGGCCUUCUGAAGGCGUGCGGAGCACCGUUAGCUGAAGUGCUGGCCCUUCUGGCGACAAGGUGCCUGGAGCUAGCAUGGUUCCCGAACCGUUUCAAGAGGGCGAAGACUGUAGUACUACCGAAACCAGGAAAGGCUCCGCCGGCGUAUCAGACCCCGGGGGGAUACAGGCCCAUUGCUCUGCUGCCAACCCUGGGGAAGGUAAUAGAGUCAGUGGUCGCCAGGAAGGUCACUCAAGCUGCAGAAGUCAACGGCCUCCUACCAGAUGAACAAAUGGGGAACAGGGCACACCGCUCCACAGAGCUGGCUGUCCGGCGAGUAGUAGCCCAGCCAGAGCGCGAGAAGUGUACACAAAGUGCAUCCGGUCGGCGCUGGGCCUAUGGCGCAUCAUCGUUUCACAUCCCCACGGAUGUGGGAGGCGAGCCGGUAAAGAAAGGCAUCACUAAGGCCCUCGGGAAGGCCCAGGAACAAGAGCUUGCGGAUUGUGGGCGGGAGCCUUUAAGUCUACCCCUCAUCCGUAACCUCGAGACAGAGACAUGGGUACCACCAUUGGACUCGUACCUAAACAAACGGCUUGCAGAUUUCGAAAACCGACUCCAACGACCCGAUCUGGACGACGGUCAAGGCGGCAAGAAGACGGCGGCGAGCGUUGUCCUCACCGCCUGCCGCAAGAUACAGCAGAGACUUAGCUCGAGGAGGGGCAACAGGGGCCGACCGCGAACCUUGGGACCUCAAGGGCCUACGGCGGUGGAGAGAGCCGCGGGCACGGUCAUGCGCUGGACGGGGGGAACCGUUGAUACGAACAGGGUAGUGGAAGAGGCUUGGAAAGCCAGGUGGUUAAAGGAACGGGACGGCAGAGCGAUCACCAGGCCGGCGGACGACUUUGACCAUCAACAGGAGACGCUAUUCCGGAACGAAACCCUAAGGAGGCACGACGGUCUCAGCAAGGCAAAGAGCUCACUGCUGAUUCAAAUCCGGACGGGAGCAAUAGGCUUACGGGACUUCUUGUUUACACGGGGAGUCCCGGGAGUUCUGACUCCUGCCUGCGAGUGUGGCGAGCGACGAGAGACUGCCGAACACCUGGUGGUGUGGUGUCUGGCCCCACCGUUGACUCGAAGACGGGAGAGAACUGGAAUUCGGACACGACGGGACUUUUACUCUGUUCUACACGGCAUCAAUCCCACAACUGCACGGCUCGCGAGGAGAGUCCUCGACUGGCUGAUGGACUCGGGGAAGCUGUCGAUGUACAACUUAACCAGGAGGCUCGAGCUGGAAGCGGCGGCCUGA